GUGGGGGGCCCGACCCCGGGCCCGUGGACCCCCUGCCCCCGGCGCGGGAGGGAUCCGGGGGGCUCGGGACCGGACGCGGGGAUGGAGGACCUCGGGCCCGACGCGGGGCCGGACGAGGACGGCCGUCCGGUGCUCUACCACUGGUCGCACUCCUUCAGCUCGCAGAAGGUGCGGCUGGCGCUGGCGGAGAAGGGGGUCUGUUGCCGGCUGGUGUCGGUGAGCCUGCCCCUGGGCGAGCACCACCAGCCCUGGUUCAUGCGGCUGAGCCCCGAAGGGGACGUGCCCGUCCUCGUCCACCGCCGCCGACGCCUCCAUCGCCCCGACCACAUCGUCGACUACCUGGAGCGGGCCUUCCCGCCCAAAGAGGGUGUGGUGCGGCUGCUGCCGGAGGAGGGGAGCCCGUUGGCGGUGCGCGUGCAGCACUACCGGGAGCUGCUCGACUCCCUGCCCGUCGACGCCUACACCCUGGCCUGCCUCCUCCGACCCCAGCUGGCCCGCACCGCCCUCAUGCCCGCCGCCGCCGCCCACAGGAUCCGCAGCCACAUCGCCAACACGGAGUCGGAGCUGAAGCAGCUGGCAGAGCAGCACCCCGACCUGCGCGAUGCCUACCUCGCCAAGCAGAUGCGCCUCAAGUCAAAGCUGCGGGACCACGACAAUGUCCAGUAUCUGAAUAAAAUUCUGGACGAGCUGGAGAAGGUCCUGGACCAGGUGGAGAUGGAGUUACAGAGGAGGAACGAAGAAACGCCAGAGGAGGGGCACCCCCAGCCGUGGCUGUGCUGCGAGGCCUUCACCCUGGCGGACGUGUCCCUGGCCGUCACCCUCCACCGCCUGAGCUUCCUGGGCUUGGCCCAGUGCAACUGGGGGGCCGGGAAGCGGCCCAACCUGGAAGCCUACUACGAGCGCGUGCAGCGCAGGGAGACCUUCCGCCGCGUCCUGGGCCGCGUCAACAACAUCCUGCUGUCGGCCGUGCUGCCCACCGCGCUGCACGUGGCCCGCCGGAAGGCCCCGAGGAUCCUGGGGACGGCCCUGACGGCCGGGCUGCUGGCCGGGGCCGCCUACCUGGCGCUGACCCUGGGCCGCAGGCGGCUGGGCGGCGUCCUCUCCGCCCUCGGGGCCCGCUGGGGCCUCCGCUAGCCGGGCCCGGCGGGCCUCGCCCUCGGGACCCCGGGGGCGGACGGCGCCGCCCACGCCGGCACCCGGGACCGUCGCUGCGACCGGUCGGUCCGUCGGUCCGGACCCACCGAGGGCCUGGGCGAGGACGGGGGACUCGGCAGGCCGGGUCCCUGCCCCGGAGGAGGUUCCACUCCACUGGGGGCUGAGCUCUGUACCGAGCGCCCCGGAGAGGACGGUAAAGUCGGUAGACACGCCGCCGCCCUCGAGGACCCUCCGGUCGGUCUGCCGGGUGCGGAGCCCUGUACCGGGCGCCCGGGAGAGUAUAAUAAAGCUAGUAGAGGUGACGCCUACCCUCCGAGAGCUCACAGUCUACCGGUUAGAGCUGU